UUAGGUUAUGAAUUUGAUUAAAUUAACGUAACCUAAGAUUUUGGUUUACUGAGCUAGAACUAUAUUUUGAUUAAAUUAUAGUUAAAUAUCCAAGGAAUAUGGCUAUUUUUCUUUUAUUAGUAUAUAUUAUUUUUGCUGCCAAUGCUUGUCCAAAUUUCGUUUUAGUUUUAACCGACGACCAAGAUUUAAUUCUUGAUGGAUUAACACCUAUGGAAAAAACCCUGAAACUAGUUGCUGACAAAGGAAAAGUGUUCAAAAAUGCAUUUGCCAAUUCUCCAAUUUGCUGCCCAAGUCGAAGCAGUAUUCUUACUGGAAAGUUUGUUCAUAACACUGGAGUCUUUAAUAAUUCCAUUGAAGGAAAUUGUUCUAGUCGAAACUGGCAAAAGCAUCACGAACCGUACUCUAUAGUCUCUCUUCUUCAGAGUAGUAAGAAUUAUACUACGUUUUAUGCUGGUAAAUAUCUGAAUCAAUAUGGUACGAAAGGGGCUGGUGGAAUUUCACAUGUACCAAAAGGGUAUGAUUGGUGGAUUGGGUUACAAGGAAAUUCAAAAUAUUACAACUACACAUUGUCUGUUAACGGUACAAAAAUAUUCCAUAGAGAUGUAUAUCUUACCGAUCUUUUGUCAAACUACAGCAUAGAUUUUUUAAGAAAUAAACCUGCACACAAACCCUUCUUCAUGAUGGUAGCUCCACCAGCUGCCCAUGCACCUUUUAUCCCCGCGGAGAGACAUAAAAACUCGUUUCCAGAAGCAAAAGCGGUGAGAAAUCCGUCUUUCAACUUCACUUUGUCUCAGAAACACUGGGUAGUACAGAUGUCGCCUUCUCAUUUACCUACAAAUGUGUCAAUCUUAGACAAAAUACAAAAACAUCGUCUGCAAUCUUUGCUGGCAGUAGAUGAAAUGGUAGAGAGGAUCGUAAAAGAAUUAAACGAUUCAAAGGAGCUGGAAAGUACUUAUAUUGUCUUUGCUUCAGACAACGGUUUUCAUAUUGGCCAGUUUGCUCAGCCUUGGGACAAACGCCAGCCCUACGAAACAGAUAUAAGAGUGCCUUUUAUUGUUAGUGGGCCAAAUAUACCACUGAAAACCAUGGAAAGUUAUCCCAUUUCAUUAGUCGACUUAGCCCCUACGAUUUUGGACCUGGCAGGUACCGAAAUUCCUGAUUUCAUGGAUGGUAGAAGCUUCAAGGAAGCAUUGUUUUCACACGAGAGGAAACUGUUCUCGAGACGGAUAUUUGUAGAGUACUGGGGAGAGGGUAAACGUGCAACUAUCGAUCCAAGUUGUCCUUGGAAGUACGACAAAAAUCUAUCGCAAUGCAGUGUUGAUCAGUGGUGCAAGUGCCAAGACUCCAGGAAUAACACUUACACGUGUGUCGUUACGUUGUCCGAAUCGGAAAAAUUUAAAUAUUGCAGCUUUAGAGACGAUCAGAAUUUUAGGGAAGCAUAUAACUUAACGUUAGACCCUUACGAACUUAAUAAUGUUUAUGCUGGAAUGGAUAAGGGCUGGGUAAAAAAGUAUGACGGAUUAUUGGAAAAUUUUCAAAGUUGCCAUGGAAGGGGGUGUUGGCUGUGAAAGCGAGUUCAUUUGUAAUUAGUUGUUUUGUUGUAGCAUUUUCUAAUUUGGCAUAAUUAAA